UGGAGCCUGUCCACAUUAAAGAAGAGACUGAACUGGAGCCUGUCCACAUUAAAGAAGAGACUGAACUGAAGCCUUUCUACAUUAAAGAGGAGGAGACUGACCUGGAGCCUGUCUACAUUAAACAGGAGAUGCCUGAACUGAAGCCUUUCUACAUUGAAGAGGAGUCUAAUGCCUUGUUUAAGGAUUCAGAAAACAUAUCCCUACCACAGAUAUCACAUCAGUGUAGAGAUUGUGGGAAGAGCUUCAGUUUGUUAGGAAACCUAAAAUCACACCAACGAAUUCACACUGGAGAGAAGCCGUAUCACUGUAGUGAAUGUGGAAAGAGCUUCUGUCGGUUAGGAGACCUAAAAAUACACCAACAAAUUCACACUGGAGAGAAGCCAUAUCAAUGUAGUGAAUGUGGAAAGAGCUUCCGUCGGUUAGGAGACCUAAAAAGACACCAAAAAAUUCACACUGGAGAGAAGCCGUAUCAAUGUGCUGUAUGUGUAAAGAGCUUCUGUCAGUUAGGAGACCUAAAAAAACACCAGAAAAUUCACACUGGAGAAAAGCCGUAUCACUGUUUUGAAUGUAGGGUGAGCUUCAGUCGGUUAGAAAACCUGAAAACACACAAGCGAAUUCACACUGGAGAGAAGCCGUAUCACUGUACUGACUGUGGGAAGAGCUUCAAACAGUCAGACACCCUAAAAAAACACCAGCGAAUUCACACUGGAGAGAAGCCGUAUCACUGUUCUGACUGUGGGAGGAACUUCACUGAAUCAGGACACCUAAAAAAACACCAGCGAAUUCACACUGGAGAGAGGCCAUAUCACUGUUUAGAAUGUGGGAGGAGCUUCACUGAAUCAGGACACUUAAAAAAACACCAGCAAACUCACACUGGAUUCAGCCUCCCACCGUCCCAAUCCCUCACCUCUCCACCCUGCUUGUUUAAGUGCGUGGAGAGCUGACUGAUGAACGGGGUCCCCAGGAGUGAGAGCCAACCUGAAUCCAGACACUGAGAAGGGGAGCCUGUCAAACUGAAGGAGACAAACCCAUUCUUUCAGAAUGAACUGGAGAGCCCUGGGAUUCAGCUCCACUCCUGCCCUUGAAUUGGAAAUUAAUUUCACUCAUGAUGGUUUGAGGAUUUAGGACAGAGUUGCAGGGUCAUUCUACUUAGAAGGGACACAUUGGAAAUAUAUGCCAAGAUUUUUCUCUGAACUCUUGUAUGUGUGAUACAAACCCAACACAAUAAAACAAGCUGCCAAAAACACAUAUGAUAUUUUUUAAAUGUAAUCUGAGCUGUAAAUGUAUAUAUAGCAUUACUGUACCAAUGUCAGUGAGUACAGUGUAUGAUACAUACAUUGUUUAAAAUAGUUUUGAGUUCCUGUACGUUUUCCAGUAUCUCUGUAUAUAAAGGGUGUGUGAGAAAUUCGUAAUUUAAUUCUUUGUAAAAUGACAUAUCAAAUCUUAAACUGAGACUUCAGAUAGUUUGAUGUUAAUUAAGUUUGUCUUCCCCCUUCCCCUUGACAUUCUCUAGAUCUGCUUCAAAUGACUAGAUAAUAGUAACAGAUAUACGUAUAUUAUAAAAAACACAACCCCUCAGUGGAUAUUCAUCUAGUCAUAUAUUCACAAACAAAAGGGCAGAGGUCCCUAACAAAAAACCUUUGACAUAAACUAUCAUAAUAUUACUACUGACUUCAGAUGGUGUGAUGUUAAUUGAGUUUGUCUUUCCCCUUCCUUCCCUUUAACAUUCUCUAGAUCUGCUUCAAAGAACUAGAUAUUAGUAACAGAGGGAUUGUAAAGAUUUCCUUUGGAUAUUAGUUUAGAUUCCCUGCUGUACUGACCUGCCAGUCUGGUAUCAACAAACAGCUGAUUCUUAUCUUUUAAUUAAGAAUAAUACAGUAAAUGUACAGUAAAUGGUUAAGAAGUGUGACAACUGGUGAAUAUGUAGUGUCAUGACUCUCUCCCAUGAAAUGAAUUGUUACCAUUAAACCUUUAAGGGAAUAGAAAUUCCUGAUUUCCUUGUUCUAAAAGUGAAUUGAAAAACAAACCUUUAUGUGGGUAUAGUUUUAACUUGUUUAACAGUCUCAGGGUUUUAGAUUUACUGAAACUAGUAGAUUGAAACAUAACAAUUAAGUAAAACUUACUGAUAAAUUGGUUUUAGAAUCAUUUUAAUAACUUGGACACAAGUUUAAGAGAAGAGUUGUUUAAGUAUGUUUCCCAAUAAAAUUUAAAUGUGUUAAAAGCGAAUAAUGUUUAAAAGAUUUUACCUGUUGUAUAAUGUGUUUAACAUGCUUGUAACGGUAAUUUAGUUAGGAGAAUGAAACCGAAAUGUGCAUCCUUCUAUGAUCAAUAUAACUAAAGUUAGAACAGAAUGAAGCUUUGUUCUGUAAAUGUUAUGAAUCCUGUUCUAUUUGUGCAUGGAGGUGGGAGAGCUACCUGUGUUAAUGACGCACAUUGCUUGUGUAAAAGUAAACGUCAUUCAAACUCAAAGUGAUUGGAUCACUAAAGUAAACACUUCUUUGGGUGCUAUCUAUAUAUAAAGCAAGCAUGAACUUGUUCUCUUUAUCUUGGAUUCUGAGUCAUCUCGCAAUGAAGUAGCCAUUGAGCCGUCGCUUGAAUGCUGCUCCAUUUGAAGCACUAAUGCUGACAUCCUCCCAAGAUAUCGACUCCACAUCCAUCUGCAACUGUGUGUUACAGAGAAGACCAACUGCAUUCCUACUAUGUUUUUCAACAAUGACCACACCUCCAGAACAAGUAUUACCUUUCAAAGACUUUAGGUUUCAAGUAAAAUACCAUGUUUGUUUAGGAAAUAUCUACAUGCAAACUAGAAGGAAAAAUGGUUUGGCAUCGCCUGAAAUUUUAGGAUUAAGGUAAAAAACACUAUGAACUGUGGCAAAGUACCUGAAGGGAAGUGUACACAGUGAACCACUAUUCCCCUGUACAGGACUUGUAUAAAAGAAGUGGGAAAAAUAGACUGCAGUACCAGCGUGUUGAUCACUAGAGGUCAUCGGUCUGCAGAAAUCAGAGCCUCAUCUGCGGUUAGCCCUUUUAUAAGAUGUUCAGGUGAAGGGAAUGCUUUGUUUAGCAAUUACAGCCAGGGUAGAAAAGGUCUGUUGUUCUGCAGCUCUUAAAGCGGAGAGGAGCCAAUAAAGAGUACAGAUGACAGAGUCAUGACAUUUAAUAGAGAAAAGAUGACAUUUAAUGACAUUAAAUGACAUUUAAUAGAGAAAAGUGUAAGGUACU